GUCAUACGAUUUCGCAGGCUUCAAUAGGUGACUGCCAAGGGUGACUGGUGUCAAGCGUGUACUUAUUGAAAGCAACAUUACGCCGAAACGAGCAAAAAUGAGCGACGAGCAGACGACGAUGGAACCACCUCAAGUUCCCGAGUUAUCGUCCAAUGCCAUUGAAAAACUGGAGGAGGCAAAACUCAAGGCCAAGUUUCCAAAUACUGGUGGCCGGCCAAUAAGUGGGCACUCGGCGUUCCUCCAGAAAAGACUGGCCAAAGGGCAAAAAUUCUUCGAUUCCGGUGAUUACCAAAUGGCAAAACAGAAAUCAACAGCAAAGCCGAAGCCCCCAGGGCCGUUGGGUGUUUGCUCCACUGGCGAUGCUAUUCCAACUCCGGAGACAGUCCCCCAGCGUAAAACAUCGAUAAUCCAACAGAAAUUCAACACAUCGACUAGUUCGUAAAACACCAGCACUGACAAUUAUAAUCGUGAGGACAAUUUAUUACGAUUUGAUAGUUAAUUCGAUAUAGAUCAGAGAUAAUUCAAGAAUGCUCGAAGGAACGCCUGAAUCACAUGAGAAGUAGAACGAAUCGGUUUCCCAUUAUUAGUAAUCAAUUGGUCGUUGAAAACGAUUCCAACUAAUUAAUUGUAUUUAUGCGUCGCAUGUUCAUGUCCACAUGUGAGAGGAUAUUUUUUUUGUAUUGUACUGUAAUUAAAUAAUUAAUUCUGUUCCUCAGUGAGAGUAGAGAAAUGCCGGACAUGGGAAUUAAUUCAGUGAUUGAAAAUGUACUUGUAAAAUUUUUAAACCCUUAAUCAUUUUUCCCUCGUGGGAGUUUCCUGAAUUUUUACAUCAAUCAUAUAGAAUAACAAUCGUUGAUUCGGUCGUAUUAUUUUUCUGUGCUGAUGAAAUCAAUUACUCAAACACAUUAAAAAUAGACAAUUAAUAGAUCUGCAUUUUGCCAAUCGCUGUGAUUUGCUUAGAAUAUUUUUCUUAUUGAAAAAAUAACGAGUCAGAUUGUUACUAAAAUCUGUAUCAUCUAGCCACUAACAUAAGAAUACAAAAAUGGGAGUGGAAAAUGCAGCUUGAGAUAAUGUAAAGAUGAAUAAAAUCAACUGAACAAAACUUGUAGUAACACACACCGAAUAAUUAAAGAAGAAAAAAUGCACUGUCUUCUCUCAACGUUUGUCUCCCCCUCAAAAAAUCAUAUUUAUUUUUAUAUGAGAAAUUAGCCAUAGUUUUAGUCUCAGAGAAUUGCUCGUGUAAUGAAUAAAUCAUUGAGAAAUAA